GAAGGAAAAUAAUUGCAAAAAUGAUCCCUAAAAGCUAUGACAGAUAUAAAACAACCCCAAAAGUUCGCAAUUUACGUAGCCAUUUCGUUUGAACUCACACUCACUCACACAAGAUUUGCAGCAGAAACACCAUGGCUGAAGCUCGCAACGUCCAGAUUCCGUACUCUCCUCUCACUGUCGACCACACUCUUCCUGUUCCGGAUAUGAAACCUUGCCUCGUAAAGCUUUGCAAGGAUUUGUUCAAAAAAUGGGCAAAUUUGGACGAAUCACACUUCUUUGCCGAGAGAGUGGCUGGUGGCAUCACAAAUCUCUUGCUCAAGGUAUCUGUAAAGGAACAAAAUGGGAAUACGGUGCAUGUUACGGUUAGACUGUAUGGUCCAAAUACAGAUUAUGUCAUCAAUCGAGAAAGGGAACUACAAGCCAUUCAUUACCUCUCAGCUGCAGGAUUUGGUGCCAAGUUGCUAGGAGUAUUUGGAAACGGAAUGGUACAAUCAUUUAUACAUGCUCGUACUUUAGAACCAGUUGACAUGAGGAAGCCAAAAUUAGCCGCUGAAAUUGCAAAGCAACUUAAGAGGUUCCAUCAAGUGGAGAUUCCGGGAUCCAAGGAACCGCAGCUGUGGACCGACAUCUUCAAAUUUUUUGAAAGAGCGUCUACUCUUACUUUUGAUGAUAUUGAGAAGCAAAAGAGAUAUGAAACAAUUUCAUUCAAGGAAGUCCGUGCAGAACUUAUAAAGCUCAAGGAAUUGACAGGUCGUCUUGAUGCUCCUGUGGUGUUUGCUCAUAAUGACCUGCUUUCUGGAAAUCUAAUGCUGAAUGAUGAUGAAGAGAAACUUUACAUCAUUGAUUUUGAAUAUGGAUCAUACAGUUACAGAGGUUUUGACAUCGGUAACCACUUUAAUGAAUAUGCUGGCUAUGAUUGCGACUACACCUUGUACCCAAACAAGGAUGAACAAUAUCAUUUCUUCAAGAAUUACUUACAACCUGAAAGUCCCGAUAAAGUUCCAGAGAAAGAUUUGAAAUUGCUGUAUGUUGAAACUAGCUGUUACAUGUUAGCUUCACAUUUGUACUGGGCUCUAUGGGCUCUGAUCCAGGCCAAAAUGUCACCCAUUGAUUUCGAUUAUCUUGGUUAUUUCUUUCUGAGAUACAAUGAAUACAAAAGACAGAAGGACACAUGCUUAUCUUUGGGUGAGUCUUACCUCUCUGGACCCAAGCCCAAGUAAACUCUUGUUUCGCAACCCGUUUGAACAACCAAAAUUCUUGAUAGAUUGUAGUGAACUUUUCGGAUGGCCCGAUUUGUUGUAAUCUUGAUUUUCUAGUUGGAUGAGAAACGCCAUAUGUUUGUAUUCCGUUUCAACGUUAUGUUUGCUUUCAUUUACGGGCUUUUAGGUAUAAAAGAUGGAUUGAAUUGCGUAACAA